AUGGGAAUCAUUGAUCGCAUCAAGGAAAUUGAGGAUGAGAUGAAACGGACACAGAUUAAUAAAGCCACGGAGGGUCAUCUUGGUCGUCUUAAGGCUAAGCUUGCCAAGCUCCGAACAGAGCUUUUAGAUGAAGGAAAGUCAAGCGGUGGUGGUGGCGAAGGAUUUGAUGUGGCCAAGAGUGGCGAUGGACGUGUGGCGUUGAUUGGGUUUCCUAGUGUCGGAAAAUCAACGAUGCUAAGUCAACUGACCGAAACACAGUCAGAGACCAACGCAGUGGAGUUUACGACACUCACGUGCAUUCCGGGCAACUUGAUCUACAACGAUGUUCGCAUUCAGUUGCUAGAUCUGCCGGGCAUUAUCGAAGGCGCCGCUCACGGACGAGGACGUGGAAGAGAGGUGAUUGCCGUGGCUAAGUCUGCCGAUAUGAUCCUGAUGGUCCUGGACGCAGGUCGAGAAGCUGGCAACCGCCACCGUGAGAUCUUGGAGAACGAACUGGAGACUGUUGGGUUGCGUCUCAACCGACAGCCACCUGACAUUUACUUCCGGAAGAAAAAUGGUGGUGGUAUCACUUUUAACAGUACUCUUCGCCUGACAAAGCUUGGAGAUGAUCCGUACCAGACAGUGUACAAGAUUUUGCAUGAAUACAAGCUGCACAACUGUGAGGUGCUUUUCCGCGAGGACUGCACGACGGACGAUCUGAUUGAUGUGAUCGAAGGCAAUCGGAAGUAUGUGAAGUGUCUGUACGUGUACAACAAGAUUGAUGUGGUGUCGAUUGAAGAUGUGGAUCGGCUGGCGCGCAUGCCGAACUCGACUGUAAUUGCGUGCGCCCACGAGGACCGUCCAGCGCUCAACUUCGACACACUUCUGGCCAAGAUGUGGGACUACAUGGGACUGACACGUGUUUACACAAAGCGUCGUGGAGAGGCCCCUCAAUUCGAUGAGCCGGUUGUCCUUGGCUCGGAGCGAAAAGGUGUAAGCGUUCAGUCUGCGUGCAUGUCGAUUUCGAAAGACAUGCUGGAUAACUUUAAUUAUGCACUGGUGUGGGGCACGAGCACAAAGUAUAACCCGCAGCGUGUUGGUAAGGAGCAUAUGCUUUGUGACGAGGAUGUGCUACAAGUUAUUGUGAAGACAGCUAACCAGCAAAAGCGCGACAAGAACUACAACCAGAAGGUUCAGGCGUACUUUGAUAAAUACAAGAAGAAGAAGAAAGCGCUGAAAACCUAA